AUGGAAAACACUCUCAGUGGAUUCAAUCACAUCAUUCCCUCAAACCCACUGCAAAAAAUAUAUUGGAUUGGUGUUGUGGAAGGUACAAAGUCCAUGUCUCAAGAAAUUGGCCCUGUGACACUAUGUCACAGCAUGUCACUGGUCAUCACACUUACCAAGGAUUGUGCAACACCAAUUGUGAAAGUUCGCCUCGCAGGCCAGUUUAAGGGUUCGAAUCAUGGUUAUCAGCCUUCUCGAUAUGAUGACCCUUCUGCUGCUCUCUGGUCUACAUAUCUCACCAAAGCAGAGCAAUGCGACAAAAAUCUUGCCGAGAAUUGGAAAGGCGACAUGGAUGCAAUCCUCAUAUUUGCUGGUCUCUUCUCUGCUGUUGUUACGACUUUUAUCAUUGAAAGUUAUCAAGAUCUAAAGCCAGAUUCAAAUGCUUCCACCAUUAACCUCUUGGCACAGAUAUCCCAACAACUAUCACUUAUGUCCAAUUUCACGAAUGCCGUCGAUACCCUGUCACUCCCUCUACCGACGACGUCAACUUCCUUUACACCGACCAAGUCAGCGACAGCCUGUAACAUUCUAUGGUUCUUAAGUUUGGCAUUCAGCCUCGCCUGUGCCCUCUCCGCUACUCUCGUGGAAGGGUGGGCCCGGUACUACCUGAAUGCAACACAUAGCAGGCCAACCCCACAAGAUCGCGCAAGAAUCAGCUCUUACUUGUACAGAGGUGUGAAGAAAUACAAGAUGACCGCCGUCGUCGAAAUAAUCCCGUUUCUUCUCCACAUCUCUCUCUUCCUCUUCUUCGCUGGGCUCGUCCUUUUCAUAUUGCCAGUGAACUCGACGAUCGGGUAUCUCAUGCUGGGCAUGCUGAUCCUCUGUGGCCUACUGUAUACCCUCAUCACAACCCUUCCAAUUUUCCAACUCGAUUGCCCUUACUGGACUCCCGUUUCAAGCAUCUGCUGGCAUGUCCUCAGGCGACUCCAUCUUCUGAGACACCGAGAUAUCGAUGGGAAUGAUACCGAAAUCCAGUGUUCCAUGGUGGAGGCUCGAGCAAUUUUAUCAACAGAAAUCACUGCCAGACGUGAUGUUCGUGACGCAGAUGCGAUGUGCUGGACCAUCAGUAGUCUCCGUGAAGACUGCGAAUUUGAGUUCUUUGUGCAAGUCAUCCCAAGUGUCGUUUCCGGGUUUGACUACAGCGCCAAGUUGCUCCUGCAUAAUUUAUUGCAUCACCAUGAUAUUGCCAUUAAACUUGGCUAUCGAAUACCACGACUUCUCAUGUCAUGUACAACUGGAUUCUUAACUCCACUUGUUUGUGAAAAAAGGGCCCUAACUUGCCUGAAAGCGAUAUGGUCAUUAACUAUGCUAUCUAUGCCUACAGACAAGGCGUCCUUUCUUGAAUCUCGAAAACAACUUCGAUUUGACAAAGACACGCUUCACUUGUUGAAUGUUAUCAAGAAAGAGAUGCCCACCGUCCGUGAUUAUGUCUCCUCCACGUUGACCGUCGUCUCGCGAAGUUUUUUGGACAACCACAUCAAUCGAUCGAGAUUCCUCGAACAGAAGUUGUUGAGCACAAUCGAAACAGGUCACUGCCAGACCUCUCAACGUCCUGUUGCAGUAUUCUCCGAGGGCAAGCUGCGACAGUUCAGUCAAGAGAUGUUGGACGGCUUGAAGCGAACAACCGAAACUUUGGAGAAGUAUGUUUCUGAAGGCAGGUCGAUGACAGUCCCUCUCCCAUACGUCAUGAUGGAGGCUAUCGCCAACUGUCAUUUCCGUUUAGUAUCCACUGCGCUCAGUGGCUCCCUCCAGCAAGACUUGAACGAGGAGGUACUUCAAUCUUUAGGAAAAUUUCAAGUCCUACUCAAUCAAGCAGGCUUCUGUCUGUUAUUGGAUUAUGUCGCUGAGCUGCUGCCCUCAGGGGGCAGUUUACCUCAUGAAGCAUUCAAUACACUACGACGCACCUUCUUUAGGAUUGAGACUACGCCCGUCAAUCAUCGAUCGCAAGCAUUGUUUGUCACCUACGUGGAAGAAGUACUUGGAUACUCAGGCUCCACAGGGCUUCCCCGGAACAUUGUUGACAUAUUGCUCGCAUUGACUCGCGUUUUGGAUGACCCGACUUGCAUAGCAAAGGCGAAGAAAGUCCUCGAUCACUAUGUGAUUCUCAAUUCGAACGAGGCGGCAGUCAACGCUUUGGCGAAGCUCAAUGAAAGCUCGCCCCUUCACCCCCGAGACUCACCACUUUUAGAUCUGUUGAGCUCUCACAUUUACUCCGACACGAAGAUAGGCGGGGACCCAACACGAUCGAAGUUCGGACCUUUGCCCAGAGCAAAUGCCCGAGUCCUAAAUUGAGUACCCUCGGGAAGUGCACAAUCUAUUACAGCCAUCAACACGUUCGACACCGCGUGUCCGGGCCAAACGUUCCGCCCAGCAAUGGUCCGCGCCGUUGUACAUAAAUUAUACGCCCGAUGGUGCGUAGGCGGAUGAGCGCGCAACCCAUACAUAUCUGCUACAGCAAGUGCGACGAUUCUAAAUGUCAUAUUAGCAUGUCCGUUCGAUAACAAUCUCA